AUGAAGAAUUUUCAUACUGCAAAUCCAGAAAUGGAAACAGCCAUAGAUAGAAGCAUCCCUGAUUUCCCUGCUGCUCAAUUAAGUGAUGAAGAUAAAUAUUUCAAACAUCAUAAACCUCCAUCGUAUUUACCGGAGAUUGAACUGGAAGUUAAAGAUUUCAUUGAAUAUCAUAAAUCCACCUCCCAUAAGAAUAUCGUAUUGGUUACUAGUGGAGGUACUACUGUUCCAUUGGAGAAUAAUACUGUUAGAUUCAUUGAUAAUUUCAGUGCUGGGACAAGAGGUGCUACUUCUGCUGAAUACUUUCUUGAAAAUGGGUAUGCUGUUAUAUUUUUACAUCGAGAAUUUUCUUUAUUACCUUAUUCAAGACAUUAUAGUCACACUACGAAUUGUUUCUUGGAUUAUAUGACGGAAGUUAAUGAUAAAGUUGAAAUCAAUCCCACAUUCGCUGAUGAAAUGUUAAUUGUUUUGCGUAAAUAUAAACAAGCUAAAGAAUCAAAUUCAUUAUUAUUGAUUCCAUUCACUACCGUUAAUCAAUAUUUAUACACUUUAAGAGUGAUAAGUGAAUUAUUACAAUUGGUAGGGAAGAAAGCAUUAUUUUAUUUAGCAGCUGCUGUUCUGGAUUUCUUCUUACCUCAAUCAAGAAUGCCAACUCAUAAAAUUCAAUCUCAAGAAUCAGGAGGAAAAUUAGAAGUUAAUUUAGAUCAAGUUCCAAAAUUCUUAAGUCGGUUGGUGGAUAAUUGGGCUCCCUCUGCAUUGAUUGUGUCAUUCAAAUUAGAAACUGAUAGAUCGAUCUUGAUUAAAAAGGCUAAAACUGCAUUGGAAAGAUAUCAACAUCAAUUGGUGAUUGGGAAUUUAUUACAAACUAGAAAAAAGGAAGUGGUAUUUGUCAGACCUCAAAAAGAUGACGAUGAACAAUGGAUAAGAUUAAAUGAUGAUCAAAUCUCAUCCAAUGUUGAAAUUGAAAGUUUAAUCAUUCCUCAAGUUAUCAAAGUUCAUGAAGAUUGGAUAAAUGGUGAUAAUUAG